GAUAUUAUUGAGCUACUUAGUGCUCGAACGCCCAAACGCUGAUAAAGUCACUCCCUAGCCGGCAGAGAUAACGCGUAUCGACCGAAAACGCCAGCGUGACACAUUCGUUCCUUCCUGCGUCUCCGCUCGGUUUGACAACUCCAAGUGCGAGGUUGGAAUGUCAACAGAUUUCUGAACAUUUCGACGUUUGCGCUGCGCUCCAUGUGACAGCGGGAGCACUUUCAAGGUACGCAGUGCGGUGUCCACGAGCAACAUAACUCGACGGCGCAAGACCAUCGCUGGCUGUACCGCUGUGUGAAUCCCAGGGGAAUUGAACACGCUACAGAGAGGUUAGGUCUCCACUAGGUCUAACCAUGGUGAACCUACGCGACUUGCAGAUAAACGCGCUCAAGCAGAUGCUGAAUCUGAAUCAGCCGGAGUCGCGGCUCGAGGACGCGGUGCCGACCUGGAAGAUCCUCAUCUACGACCGCCUCGGCCAGGACAUCAUAUCGCCGCUCAUCUCCGUGAAGGAGCUGCGCGAGCUCGGCGUCACAUUGCACAUGCAGCUGCAUUCCGACCGAGACUCCAUUCCCGAGGUACCGGCGAUCUACUUCUGCGCGCCCACGGACGAGAAUCUAGGCAGGAUCAGUCAGGACCUGCAGAACAGCCUCUACGACAUCUACCACUUGAACUUUAUCUCGCCGAUCUCACGGCACAAGAUGGAGGACCUGGCAGCCGCGGCGCUUCUCGGCGGCGUAGUCUCCAGUAUCCACAAGAUAUUCGACCAGUACCUGAACUUCAUUACCUUGGAGGACGACCUGUUCAUCCUGCGCCAUCAGAACAGCGAUGUGAUAUCCUACCAUGCGAUCAACCGCGGCGACGUCAAGGACAGCGAGAUGGAGUCCGUGAUGGACAUCAUCGUGGACUGUUUGUUUUCGGUGUUCGUCACCCUCGGCACCGUGCCCAUUAUCCGCUGUCCACGCGGCAACGCCGCCGAGAUGGUCGCCAAAAUGAUCGACAAGAAGCUCCGCGAGAACGUGUGGGACGCGCGGAACAACUUGUUCGAGGGCGAGGUAAGCGCUACCGGCCACUACAGUUUUCAGCGACCCCUGCUCAUUGUGCUGGAUCGCAACGUCGACAUGGCCACGCCGCUGCAUCACACAUGGACGUACCAAGCACUGGCGCACGAUGUCUUGGAGAUGGCACUGAAUCGGUUAGUCGUCGAGGAGAACGUCGGACGGUCUCCCGCUGGUGGGGCGCGCUCCAAGACGCGCGCCUACGAGUUGGACAGCAGGGACCGUUUCUGGUGCGAGCACAAGGGCAGCCCGUUCCCCAGAGUAGCCGAGGCGAUACAGGAGGAGCUGGAGCAGUAUCGCACUUUCGAGGAGGACGUGAAGAAGCUCAAGUCUUCCAUGGGCAUCGACAACGAGAGCGAGGUGGCGUUGUCCAUGGUGUCGAACAACACGGCGCGCUUGACGAGCGCGGUGAACUCGUUGCCGCAGCUGCUCGAGAUGAAGCGCCUGAUAGACAUGCACACGUCGGUGGCCACCGGUAUCCUGAACGCCAUUAAGUCGAGGCGGCUGGACACUUUCUUCGAGCUGGAGGAAAAGAUCAUGAGCAAGCAGACGCUCGACAGGAGCGUGCUGGAGACUAUCGGCGACCCGGACUGCGGCACGUCCGAGGACAAGCUCCGUCUCGCUAUUAUUUAUUAUAUCUGUACGAAUAUGUCUGACGCUGACUACGGCAAGCUGGAGGCUGCUCUGACUGCAGCCGGCUGCGACUUGAAUCCGUUGAUCUACCUGAAGAGGCUGCGCAGCUACACCAGAAUAGCCGAGAUUCAGAGCAGCUACGAGGGCGGCGGCACCAAGACGGUCAGUAUGUUCUCCAAGUUGAUGAACCAGGGCUCCUCCUUCGUCAUGGAGGGUGUAAAGAAUCUGGUGGUGAAGAAGCACAACCUGCCCGUCACCAAGAUUGUGGACGAGCUGAUGGAAUCCAAGCAGUCCUCCCGCACCGAGGACUACUGCUACCUGGACCCGAAGCAGCUCAAGCACACCGAGCAGAUGCCGAAGAACCGGCCGACGUUCCAGGAGGUGAUCGUAUUUGUGGUGGGCGGCGGCAACUACAUAGAGUACCAAAACCUGGUGGACUACGUGAAGCAACGCAGCGGCGCCGGUGUGAACAAACGGGUGAUCUACGGCUCGACGUCCUUUAUCAACGCCAAACAGUUGCUCAAGCAACUUUCUCUGCUCGGUCAGGAAGUCCACUCGUAAGCGCUCCGCAGGCAUUUAUCGUCCCCGACAACCGUGUCCUUCCUCUUUCUCCUCCCUCACUCCCGCUCACCCUCUCCCCAGCCUGAUCCUCCACGUGCGUUAUCUCGUAGUCGCGCUUUCCUCCGAUGAAUUUGUUGACGUCUUGUAAAAAGUGUACGAUAUUAAUAAAGUCCGAUUUGUUAUUUUCAACAA